AUGGCCGUUCUCCUCGUUUUGCUCGUCGGUGUUCUCACCUUGGCCGUGUGGUUUGUGCAUCAGAACUUUAGUUACUGGAAGCGCCGCGGAAUUCCCCACGAUGCCCCAAAAAUUCCGUUCGGCAAUACUAGAGAAUUGAUGAAAACAAUGCAAUUGUCGGACAUUUUUAAGAGAACCUACGACAAGUACAAGAACAAAACCGAUGGUCCAUUUGUGGGAUUUUACAUGUAUUUCAAAAAGAUGGCCAUUGUCACCGAUAUUGACUUCGCAAAAACCGUAUUAAUCCGCGACUUUGACAAGUUCCACGAUCGUGGAGUAUUCCACAAUGAGCGAGAUGAUCCGCUGACCGCCAAUUUGGUGAACAUCGAGGGACAGAAGUGGAGGACCCUGCGCCAGAAACUGACACCCACAUUCACCUCUGGCAAAAUGAAGACCAUGUUUCCCACCAUUCUGGAGGUGGGAGAUGAUCUGAUUCGGGUACUCGAUCAAAAGGCUUCUGCGAGUAAGGACUCCCUGGAAGUAACCGAUGUUUUGGCCCGCUUCACUGCCGAUGUGAUCGGAACGUGUGCCUUCGGUUUGGAUUGCCACAGUUUGUCGGAUCCCAAGGCGGAGUUUGUCCAAAUGGGAAAAGAUGCUAUAACUAAACGACGAUAUGGAAAAUCUAUGGACUUGAUCUUGUUUGGAGCCCCGAAACUUGCGGAAAAGUUGCGUAUGAAACAGAGUGUCCAGAAAGUGGAGGACUUCUACAUGAACAUCAUUAAGGAUACUGUGAACUAUCGCGUGACAAACAAUGUCAAACGAAACGAUUUCAUGGACAUGCUAAUCGAAAUGAAGUUGAAAUACGAUAAUGGCGAUCAUCAAAAUGGCCUUACGUUUAAUGAAAUUGCGGCCCAGGCUUUUAUAUUUUUCCUUGCUGGUUUUGAAACGAGCUCUACAACCAUGGGUUUUGCUCUUUAUGAAUUGGCCAUCAAUCAGGAUGUUCAGGAUAAGCUAAGGAAAGAAAUCGAUAGUGUGCUGGAGAAACAUAACGGAAAGCUAGACUAUGACAGCAUGCGGGAGAUGACAUAUUUGGAUAAGGUCAUUGAUGAGACCAUGAGAAAACGUCCGGUAGUGGGCCAUUUAAUACGCGUUGCAACUCAGCGCUACGAGCAUAGUAAUCCCAAAUAUUACAUUGAAGAGGGCACUGGGGUCCUUGUGCCCACCCUGGCCAUCCACCAUGAUCCUGAGUUCUAUCCGGAGCCGGAGAAGUUCAACCCAGAGCGAUUCGAUGUGGAACAGGUCCAACAGCGACCCGCCUGCACUUUCCUGCCUUUCGGCGAAGGUCCCCGGAACUGUAUUGGCCUUCGAUUCGGUCGGAUGCAGGUCAUCGUUGGAAUGGCUCUGCUCAUCCACAACUUCAAGUUCGAAGUGCACCCCUCCAAGACUGUCGUCCCCCUGGAAUACAGAGCCGAUGAUUUUCUGAUGAGUUCAAAGGGCGGAAUUCAUUUAAAAGUCAGCAGGGUUGGAAAGUAA